AUGGAAAUUCAAUCUCUAAAGCUUUAUCGGUGGAUAACUUGGUGGCCAGCUUUCAUCUUUUGCUUCAUUGCUUCAUACCCACAAUUUGAAACUUUGGAAACUCCUGAUAAUCCUUCAAUAACAUUCACUUACAAUCGCUUUGCCGAGAUUGAAAACCAUUGUGGUUUCAUCAUGUCAUCUGCUUCUGAGUUGGUACCUGAUGAUAACAGAGGCGAAAAGAUGAAGAAAGAGCUGUUCUUCUUGAAUGGAGAUUGGGCUCAGGACUCUGGUGGGGCUCCAUUGAUGCCAUUCGACAAUCGUGACCAGCCAAGCAAUUAUUUUGGCUAUGGGGCUCCCAUGAAAUUAGUCUCUUUCUGGGUGAUGGAUGUUGAUCCAGUUCGCCGGGUAAAAAACACGGUUAGUGUCAGUGCAGAGUUGGAGAUUGGCAUAACUAGACGUACCUCAUUCUCCUACAAGCCUUAUGACUGGUCUCCAGGAUUUCAUAUGGAACAAGGGAUGUCAAGGCUGAGCAUUCUCUUUGAAGGGAUAUAUGUAGAGUCCAAGGAUAAUCAAGGACAGCUCUUGAUGUGUUUAUUGGGGAGUUCAACAAUACCUAUAACAAGUCAACAUGUUGAUUCAUGGGAAUAUGACAAUCAACACAGCUAUAACUAUAAGAAGCAGUCUCCCCUUGAACAAGAUGAUCAGAUAAUGCUCAUUCUGCGGUACCCAAAAACCUUUACUUUGACCACUAGAGGUAUUAGUGGAGAGAUGAAAAGUUUGAAGCAAAAGUGGCAGCUCACAUACUUUGAUAGAGUCCACAUAUAUUCUCAGUUGGGGUGCUACUCUAGAUACCAGUUUAGGUCUGAUGAACUUCUGUCAAAAGCCUGCAGUCAAUAUCCUUACCCCGACAAUUUCGUUGAUGAAGAGAUCAAGAUGUUUAAAGGAGAUGAAUAUUGUGAAAAGCUUCGAGAAUUCUUGUGGAGUGAAAUUUUUAGAUUUGUGUCCAAUUGGAAACACAUCGGCACAAACAAUGAUCACAGUAAGCUUGGCCCUUUUGCUCUUGGUUGGAAGAUUGAGGCCACAGAUGGCUACCUAGACAAUUUCAGGCUAAUGGUUCAGAACUUGCAGUGUGAGCCUGGAAAUAAUCAGAGUGAGAUUAAAACUGCACGGGUAUCAGCUGUAUUUCGUGUAAUCAGGUCAUCAGAAUAUAGGCAAAGAGAAGAGGAGAGAACAGGUCUCUCCAGCACCACACUUUCUGCCGAGGGAGUAUGGCAUUCUUCUCAUGGGCAGCUCUGCAUGGUUGGUUGUCUUGGUCUUGUUGGUGCUCUUCAGACAGAUGCAAAUCUCGAAUUUGCCUAUAUUUCCCUCUGA